AUGAAGAAGUGGAGUGGAGGUGUUUUGGUUGGAGGGCUUACAUUGAUUUUAGUUUUGAGGUAUAGUUUCAUUGGCAAGAUUGCUAUACCGCCUCGGCAACUACCACAACCGCAACAAAAACAACAACAACAAAAGCAGUCUGCGUAUGAGUUUUUCAAUAAUCAUCCACCUGACACACCUAGUAAUGCUGAUGCUACUUUGCCCCCAAAAGACAGUGUGUUAGAGCUACUGAACUUUAGGGGAAAGCCUAGCUUUUUACCUGAUGUCGAAGGGCUUAAUUUCUUGUACAAUAGUUUGGGGAACUUUUCCCUGGAUGAUGAGGAAUCGAAGGCUAUGCUUGUUUGGGCUCGAAUGCGGUUUCUUUUGUCAAGGUCUGAUGCUUUACCGGAAACAGCUCAGGGUAUCAAAGAAGCAGCUUCAUCGUGGAAAGAAUUAUUGUCGACGAUUCAAGACAUGAAGGCCACCCCCGAGCUUAGAGGAGGUGGUAAUGUUACACAGAACAGAAGGUAUUGUCCUUACUUUGUUCCCGCGUUUAAUAAUGGCACUAUAGAAAAGAGGAGUACUCUUCAAAUCCCGUGUGGUCUAAUUGAGGGUUCAUCAAUUACUGUAAUUGGAAUACCUGAUGCUCAAAAGGACGGUUUUGAAAUUGAGCUUCUUGGCUCCGAACUGCCAAGCGAGGAGAAGCCUCCAAUAGUUCUGCAAUAUAAGGUGUUUUUACCGGGACAGAACCUGACCAAGGAGCCUUUUGUCGUCCAGAAUGCAUGGACUAAUGUGCCCGGUUGGGGGAAGGAUGAAAAAUGCCCUGAUCAUGACCGCUCGACUGAGUUUGUAAAAGUGGAUGGACUGGUCAAGUGCAGUGCUCAGAUAGUGAGGACCACUGUUCCUGAUAACCAAAGUGCAAGUCACCUUGGCAGUCUUGACAACUCAAGCAAUGUAUCUGAUGGGAGUCUCCGUGGCAGUGGCAAUUCCCCAUUCCCUUUUGUUGAAGGUAUACCGUUCACUGCCUCACUGUGGGUUGGAGCUGAGGGGUUCCACAUGACCGUAAACGGAAGGCAUGAGACUUCUUUCGCAUAUAGAGUGAAACUUGAACCCUGGUUGGUUAGUGGAGUCCGAGUUAAAGGCGGGUUGGACACUGUAACUAUCUUAGCUAAAGGAUUGCCUGUUUCAGAUGAGCUGAAUUUAGAUUUUGAUGAUCUUGAACUCCUCAAAGCUCCUCCAGUUUUGAAGAGGAAAAGAAGGCUUGUAUUGUUGAUCGGGGUAUUUUCAACUGCAAAUAAUUUUGCUAGGCGUAUGGCACUGAGAAGAUCCUGGAUGCAAUACAAAACUGUUCGCCAAGGGCACGUAGUCGUGCGCUUCUUCAUUGGUCUUCACAAGAAUGAGAAAGUGAACUACGAGUUGUGGAAAGAAGCUGAAGCUUUUGGGGACAUCCAGUUAAUGCCUUUCAUUGAUUACUACAGCUUGCUCACUCUGAAAACCAUUGCCAUAUUCAUUCUAGGGACUGAAAUCCUCCCGGCAAAAUACAUUAUGAAAACAGAUGAUGACGCCUUUGUUAGGGUUGAUGAAGUUUUAACUAGCCUGAAAGGGAAGGCUUCUGAGGGCCUCUUUUAUGGCCGCAUAUCAUUUGAAUCGACACCUCAUAGGGAAAAAGACAACAAAUGGUACAUCAGUCCAGAGGAAUGGCCGUAUUCAUCAUUUCCCGCAUGGGCACAUGGUCCAGGCUAUAUUGUAUCCCGUGAUAUAGCAAAGUUCAUUGUCCAAGGACACCGUGAAAGGGACCUUAUGAUGUUCAAACUGGAAGAUGUGGCGGUGGGGAUAUGGAUUGAGGUGUACAAAAACGGAGGACAUGAAGUAGUGUACGUGGAUGAGGAGAGAUUCAACAUCGAUGGAUGUGAAUCAAACUACAUUCUGGCACAUUACCAGAGUCCCAGGUUGUUGCUGUGUCUGUGGGACAAACUUGGGAAAGAACAUCAGCCUGAGCCUGAGUGCUCCCAAGCAUCUGCGGUGACGGAGAUUAUGCUCCGGCAAUCCCUAGCCGCCGUUCAGUAUCACCACCACCUCUGUGUUUCUUCUACUCCUGAAAUCGACCCCUCCGCCGCCUCCCUUCUUCUCUUCAAGUACCCUCCUUCUUCGCCUCUGCCGCCGACUCCUGCUCCUUCCAUCGUCUGUUCUUCUCCUUCCUCUGACGUCAGCUGUGACCACGACGACCACGAAUCUGUUUCCCUCCAAAUCACGCGUUCUGAAUCGGCUCUGAGUUGCUCAACUAGCAUCCAGACUACUACUACCACCACCCUUUAUGUCUCCCCAAGGUUUAACAAGUUUGCCCCCUCUGUUCGCUCAGGCAGUUUCACUUGCAUUGGUCCCCGCAGCUCCAAUGAAGAUGAACACCUCUGUGUAGAUGAUCUUCCUAGACAGUUGGGGCCAACCUACAAAUGGCCGGUGUCGAGUUCUUUUUAUGCUGUGUUUGAUGGUCAUGGAGGUUCUGAUGCUGCAGCUUUUGUUAAAGAUAAUGCACUGAAGUUUUUCUUUCAAGAUGCCCUUCUCUUGCAAAGAGCUGAUAUUGAUGAAUUGUCAUUCUUGGAGGAGUUGGAGAAUUCUCAACGCAGAGCAUUUUUAGUAGCUGAUCAAGCCUUGGCUGAAGAAGAGGGUGUUGAUUGUUAUUGUGGCACGACGGCCCUUACUGCCCUUGUGCUUGGAAGGCGCCUACUUAUUGCAAAUGCCGGGGACUGUCGCGCUGUUCUCUGUCGGAAAGGAGUUGCAGUUCAGCUGUCUCAAGAUCACAGGCCAUCUUCUGUGGUCGAAAAGAAAAGGGUGGAAGAUUUGGGUGGUUACAUUGAAUUUGGAUAUUUAAACGGGGAUCUCGCUGUAACUCGGGCCCUUGGAGACUGGUACAUGAAACGGCCAUAUGGUUCCAAGUCGCCUCUAACUGCUGAGCCAGAAAUGCAUCAAAUCAUGUUGACGGAGGAGGAUGAAUUUCUGAUCAUUGCUUGUGACGGGAUUUGGGAUGUCAUGUCCAACCAGGAUGCAGUGAGGGUGGUUCACAGAGAGCUUAGGCAACAUGGGGAUCCGCAAGAGUCGGCUAGAGAACUUGUCGACCAAGCUCUGAUGAGGGAUACACAUGACAACCUCACGGCUAUUGUCGUGUCCUUUAAUUGCCCAGACGGACAAACCGGAGGUAUUACUCCUCAGGGAUCCAGGUUGAGGACCUGCAGCUUGUCGGCGGAGGCACGAAAGAUGUUACGCAGUCUAUUGGAAUGA